AACCUUUCUUCGGAGGAGAGCGGACGGCACUUGGACCCCCUGCGCCCUGCACCAAAGAGGCAACGGAUUGAAGAACCGAGGUUGAGAGGACAGGACAGAAACCAGCCGGCUGGGGGGUGAGUAAAACAAGCCCUAAGGGGGAAUAGGAAGACCUCCUUUUAAUUAAGGAGAAGGGAGAUCCUGAUCACAUCUCCAGCGUGUUGGUGGUAACAGGGGAAGGAUUGUCCCCCUGACAAGCACCCACGCUUAGGAAAAAGGAAGAAAGAGAAAGGGGGGGAACCGGGAGGUUAGAGUGUGGUGCAGCGUCCAGCAAAAGAGGCACCUUUGGUGUGCAUGUGUGCUUGACAACCCCAGGGCAUUCCCCUGGGGUAGUAGCAACCAGUACCUCGGUUCUCAGCCGGGCGACCGCGUCUGGGCAGGGAAAGUUGCGAACUGAGUCUGUGAGUGCUUGAGUGUGUGAACGCUGCACAGGGCCAUACUAAAUAUGGGAGGGGGAGGCUCAAAGGGUCCAAUGACCCCCCUUCAAUGCAUGCUGAACAACUUCGAUAAGGGCUUCUCCGGUGACUAUGGCAUAGAAAUGACACCAGAACGCUUACGGAACUUGUGUGAAUUAGACUGGCCAACGCAAGGCACCGGGUGGCCCUCAGAGGGGAGUUUUGAUAGGUACCUGGUCGGACGUUUGUGGGCCAACAUCAUCAAGGACAAGGGAGGUCAUCCCGAUCAGAUACCGUUUGUGGACAGUUGGCUGAACGUCAUAAUAGAAGACCCCCCUUGGCUGAAGAAAUGCAAGACUGACCAAUGCAAGGUCAUGGCCCUCGGGAAUGAAAUUAGAGGAGGACAAGUAGGAAAAUGUCUUAAGAAGCCCAUCUACCAGGGACCAGAGGCAGAAGUCCUCGCUCCACCCCCAUAUGUUCCAAGUGCCGUGGUGGCCCCACUGGGAGACCAGGGACAAGCACCCCAUGUCCCCAACGCUCCACCGCUGCCCCAAUAUGUGGCCCCAGGAGCCGAAGCAGGAGGCGGGGUGCCCUCAGCCAGCCCAGAAAGCAAAGGGACAGAGCCUACUGAACAGGUUCUGGAGGAAUUAUACCCCAAUCUUAAAGAAUUGAGGGAGAAAAUGAGUAGGUGCCGGUCCUCCACCACCAUGUAUCGGAAGGCUGAAGAGGCUUAUCGCAACGGGCGAAAUAAGGUAUUGGGGGACUACAUAAAGCGGUCCAGGUCCACCGCAGAGGCAGGAGCAGCAGUCCUGACACCCCUUCGCGUAGUCUGGGACAAUCCACCACCGGCACCCCCUGCAGUUCAGGGAGGACAAGGCGGUGCACAAGUUGACCCUCCACGUAGGACAUUCACCCUCCAGUACGUCCCCUUCACCACCACCGAUUUGAUGAAUUGGAAGACCCACACCCCUGCAUUUGCUGAGAAACCCCAGGCAAUGGUGGACUUGCUGUCCUCCAUAUUUGCAGCCCAUGAACCUACCUGGCCAGACUGUCAGCAGCUGCUGAGCACCCUUUUUACUUCAGAGGAGAGGAGACGAAUUAAUUCACAGGCAUGUGAACAUCUAAAAGAUCAACAGGUGGCCGAACGGGACUGGCCUGGCCGCUAUCCCCUGACCGACCCACAUUGGGACCCAAAUGUCCCAGACCAGCGCACUGCCCUGACAACCUACCGAGAAACUCUCCUGCAUGGCGUUCGUAGGGCAGCUAGAAAACCAACAGACUUGUCUAAAGUCUCGACUGUAACACAGAAACCAGAUGAAAGUCCCGGUGAUUUUCUUGAGCGCCUGAUGGAAGCCUAUAGAAUUUGGACCCCUUUCGACCCUGAAGACGCUGCACAUGAGUUAAUGGUGAACGCCUCCUUCAUAGGACAGUGUGCAAAGGACAUCAGAACAAAGAUCCAGAAACAGGCCGGGUUCCAAGGCAUGUCUAGAUCCCAAAUCAUGGCCAUUGCCCAAAAGGUGUUUGAACAGAGGGGAGAUGUGGAGAAGAGAGAGAAAAAGCAGUGGAUGAAGGAAAAGGCAGCGGUGAUAGCCGCGGCAAUGGCUCACACCCCAGUGACCCGGGAGGUGCGCCGCAACAACUCAGAAACCCGUGGCCGAGGGGGCGGAAGAGGUCAAGCCUUAGGAAGAAACCAGUGUGCGGUGUGCAAGCGGGAAGGGCACUGGAAGGCCGAAUGUCCCCAGAAUCAGCCAGGAAGAAGGGGAGAAGACAGAGGACGAGACCGCCGUGGCAGAAUAGUGGAAGGAAGAUACGCCAGAGGACCGGACAGGACAGACCUUGUGGGCCUGGCAGCCAUGGGAGAAUACCAAGACUAGGACGGACCGGGUUCCUCCUUUGUAGGCACUCAGCAAGCCUUUUUAGGUUCCCAAUCGGAACCCAUGGUCCAGAUUAAAUUAGGGAACCGACUCAUGGACUUUAUGAUAGACACCGGAGCUCAAUAUUCAGUGGUCACCACUCCCCUCCAACGGGAAAGCCACAGAACAGUGAGCAUAGUGGGAGCAACUGGCAACCACUCAAGAAAACCUUUUCUACAACCCUUGGACUGUCAGAUCGGGGGGCGACACCUGACCCACCAGUUCUUGUACAUACCUGAGUGUCCCGUACCCUUAUUGGGUAGAGAUGUCCUCUCCAAACUACAGGCUCAAAUUACCUUCACCCCCAAAGGACCAGAAUUGAAGUUGCCCCCACAGGCAAGCGGCAUAAUGUCGGUCACGGUGCCCAGAGAGCACUCAUGGGAACUUCUGGCAGCCUUAACCACCGAAACCCAGCAAGCCGUCCCCAAUGACCAGAUCCCUAAAAAUCUUCAAGCGCCACCGGGUGUCUGGGCUGAGGACAAUCCCCCAGGAUUAGCCAUCAAUAUACCACCUAUCAUAGUCAAAUUGAAGCCUUUUGCAACCCCCGUCUCUGUUAAACAAUAUCCCCUACCACGCCAAGCAGUGGAAGGUAUACAGAAGCAUCUAGACCGCCUGCUCCACUAUGGGCUACUCAAACCUUGCCAAUCUGAAUGGAAUACCCCUUUACUUCCGGUCAAAAAGCCCCAGACCAAUGACUAUCGUCCGGCACAGGAUUUGAGGGUCGUCAACCAAGCCACAGAGACCCUCCACCCCAACGUGCCCAACCCAUAUACUUUACUAAGCCUCAUCCCGCCUGAAGCUACCUUCUUCACCGUGCUGGACCUCAAGGACGCCUUCUUCUGUUGUUGGUUGGCUCCCCAAAGCCAGCCACUCUUUGCCUUCCAGUGGGAGGACCCACUGACCGGUACGAAGGGACAGCUUACGUGGACGAGACUUCCGCAAGGCUUUAAGAACUCGCCCACUCUUUUUGGAACGGCAUUGGCACAGGACUUAGCAAAGUACCCCUCAGUACCUGGCCAAAAGGUUGUCUUGCAGUACGUUGAUGAUAUAAUCCUGGCGGCAGUAGACUACGAGACCUGCGCAGAGGGUACCGAGGAACUUCUCCACUUGCUGUGGGAAGCUGGCUACAAAGUGUCCCGGAAAAAGGCUCAAUUGUGUCAAAAAGAAGUCAAAUAUUUAGGUUUUAAUGUGUCACACCAGCAGAGGUCACUGCGACCUGAAAGAAAGGAAGCUAUUUGCUGCAUGAAGGAACCUACCACCAGAAAACAGCUGCGGGGAUUCCUCGGAGCGGCAGGUUUUUGCAGAAUCUGGAUCCCAGGCUUCAGUGUCUUAGCAAAACCCCUGAACGAGAGUACCAGAGGCGGGGAAAGGGACCCUUUCGAGUGGGGACCAGCCCAGCAAGCAGCUUUUGAAACUCUUAAGCAAUGUCUGAUGGUGGCCCCAGCCCUGGGUCUGCCCAAUCCCGGGAAAGCAUUCCAACUUUAUGUGCAUGAACAAAGCGGCGUCGCUGCCGGAGUAUUAACACAGAAGUUAGGAAGUUGGAAUCGCCCUGUCGCCUACCUCUCCAAACAACUGGAUCCCACGGCCAAAGGCUGGCCACCCUGUCUGCGAGCUGUUGCUGCAACAGCAACCCUGGUGGCAGAAGCCGAUAAGUUCACCUUCGGCCAGGAGAUGUAUGUGAAUGUUCCCCAUGCAGUUCUCACCCUCAUGGAAUAUAAAGGGAACUAUUGGCUGACCAACCCUCGCAUGGCCAAGUACCAAGGACUUUUGUGUGAAAAUCCCAGGAUACAUUUAAGGGUUGUCAACACCCUUAACCCGGCCACUCUACUGCCAUUGCCUGACACCGAGGACACGGAGCACCAUGAUUGCCUCCAAGUGAUGGAUGAGGUUUACUCCAGCAGACCAGAUUUGAAGGAUGAGCCAAUGAAGAAUCCCGAUGUAGUGUAUUACACGGAUGGCAGCAGCUUCAUCCUAGACGGCAUCCGAAAGGCAGGAUAUGCGGUGGUAACUAAUGAGGAAGUAGUGGAAGCUGAACCAUUGUCCCCUGGUACCUCUGCCCAGAAAGCCGAGCUGAUUGGACUGACCAGGGCCCUGCAAUUGGCAGCUGGAUGCAAGGCUAACAUCUACACAGAUUCCAAAUACGCCUUCUUGACCCUGCAUGCGCAUGGAGCCCUGUGGAAAGAACGAGGCCUGAUUGGGGCCCACGGGCAACCCCUGAAAUAUGGGCCUGAAGUUGAGACGCUACUGGAAGCCGUAUGGGGCCCCGAGGAGAUUGCUGUGAUGCAUUGCAAAGGCCAUGGGAGAGGACGGGACAUGGUCACCAGAGGCAACCGAAAGGCAGACGCCGCCGCCCGUGCAGCAGCUCUGAAACCUCUACCAGCGGUCACCGCAGCCCUCAUACCAGACCUCACUCCAGACGAUGUGGAACCACAUUACACCCCAGAUGAAGAGCAGUGGGCACGCCAGGAAGGAGCCAGAGUCCAGAAGGGAUGGUUCCUUCUACCAGACAACCGUGUUUUUGUGCCCCACCAACUUGCCAGCAUCAUUGUGAAAAAUCAUCAUGAGUCCACCCAUUUCGGAGGUCCGGCAGCUAGGGAACACCUUGGGAGAAUACUCUACAUCCCCAAUUUAUCCCAACUGACUGCUGCUAUCUCCCAGAGGUGCAUCCUGUGUGCCAAAAACAACCCCAGGCAAGGCCUUCUACCUCCACCAGGCGUGCAACACGUGGGCUACACACCUAUGGAAAGCUUGAUUGUGGACUUUACUGAAUUACCCCAGGCAAGGGGAAUCAAAUACUUGCUUGUGUUCGUCUGCACGCUGACUGGCUGGGCAGAAGCUUAUCCCACCAGGACUGAGAAAGCCCGGGAGGUGACCAAGAAACUGCUACAUGAACUCAUUCCCAGAUUUGGCCUCCCCCGGAGUAUUGGCAGUGACAACGGCCCAGCCUUCAUUGAUAAGGUGGUGCAAGAAGUGUGCAAGGCGCUGCAGAUAGACUGGAAGCUACACACAGCCUACAGACCUCAAAGUUCGGGAAAAACUGAGAGAAUGAAUCGCACCCUGAAGAACCAUUUGGCUAAGCUGACCCAGGAGACAGGCCUAGCCUGGCCAGAUGUCUUACCUAUUGCCUUGUUCCGCAUCCGGUGUGCUCCAACCAAGAGACUAAAGCUCUCACCCUUUGAACUCUUGUAUGGCCGACCACCCCCUUUCGUCCGUGACAUCCCCGCAAGUUUGGGCCGGGUGGGAGAUCACAUCACCCAGGAACAAGUGCAAUCCCUGUCCCGUGUUUUUGCUUCUCUUUCCAGGUACUCCCUCGAGCGUACACCGUGCAGUCUCGCUGAGCCGGUCCACCAGUUCCAGCCGGGCGACAGCGUUUGGGUGAAGGAGUGGAAGCACGAUCCCCUCAUCCCCAAGUGGCGAGGCCCAUAUACCGUCCUUCUCUCCACUCCAACUGCGGUGAAAGUGGCCGAGGUGAUUCCCUGGGUGCAUCACACGCGUCUGAAGAAGUCAGAGGGUGUUUGGACUUGCAAAGGCAACCCGGCUGACCCUCUGAAACUGACUCUCUCCAAGAACCCCUGUGUCUGACGCUACCGGGAGAGCGUUGGGCCACGGGCACCGAGAUCCUGCGGCUGAUCAGCACAAGGACUUUUCCUCUUUCUACUUUUCCUCUAUUCUGUAUUGAUUUGUUCUAUGUCCUAUUGGUCUGCCCCCACCGGGCCAUACCAACCUCACUGGCCUGCUGACCUCUGCUACGACUGGUUUGUCUUGCCGGUGGUGAGGGACGGCGUGCUCAUUGGCUAUUGGGAACAGGGAUCUAACGCAGCUAAGGUAGUAAAACACCCCACGUCCCCACUGUGGCUCCUCUACCACAACACUGCCCAGCGUGCGUGGGUGUUGCUCCUGCGGGAAGUUGCAGAGACGGUCGAAAUCUAUCGAGUUCUGGACCGCUCUUGCUGUUGUGGGGGGGUAACCAACUGUCCAUCGGGGGGUAGAGCUGUGUACCAACCCCACUUAAUAGACCAGGCCCUAAUCUUGGUCCAGGUGCUGCAUGGGAGGGAGCUUGAAUCAGGUGCACAUUGAAAUUGCUGAACAGGUGCCAGUAAAUCCGGCAGCUCCACCUGUGACUGUUGUAGUGGCUCGCACCUCCCAGAAUUCCAAAACAACACCUGCGCUUGUAGGCCUGGUGACUCCACACCUAAUACCCUUGGAUGUGGCAGGGUAUUCUUGUGGCUGCAUAAGAGUGGCCACCCCAGGGUUUCAACCCCCAUACGCCCUAGUCAGGGGCCACAUAGGUGACCGCCACCCAGUGGGUCCGGCAGGAAGACAGACAGGGCUCCUAGCUCCGGAAGAAUCCAGACCCUGGUACAGACCCUGGUAUGCCGACGGCCCCGAAAUAGCGGAGAUCCUGGACCUUGCAUACCUUCAGGCCCAGGCUGGACUCCGGCGGUGGUAUCUAGGCAAUUAGAGGCAGGGACCUCCUCCUAUGCAGAGGCGCCCUUCACCCUCAGACCCCUACCAAGAGGACUGGUCGGAGCUGCAGUGCUAUAAGUGGUUUGUCCGACCAGUGAUCCGAAGGGGCGUCUUCCUCUGCGCAGGAAGCUUAAGGUGUGGCCACCAUAGCUACGUCCUAUUCCAACACCCCUGCCUUCCUUUGUGGCUGGUGUCCAUCGGGGGGUAGAGCUGUGUACCAACCCCACUUAAUAGACCAGGCCCUAAUCUUGGUCCAGGUGCUGCAUGGGAGGGAGCUUGAAUCAGGUGCACAUUGAAAUUGCUGAACAGGUGCCAGUAAAUCCGGCAGCUCCACCUGUGACUGUUGUAGUGGCUCGCACCUCCCAGAAUUCCAAAACAACACCUGCGCUUGUAGGCCUGGUGACUCCACACCUAAUACCCUUGGAUGUGGCAGGGUAUUCUUGUGGCUGCAUAAGAGUGGCCACCCCAGGGUUUCAACCCCCAUACGCCCUAGUCAGGGGCCACAUAGGUGACCGCCACCCAGUGGGUCCGGCAGGAAGACAGACAGGGCUCCUAGCUCCGGAAGAAUCCAGACCCUGGUACAGACCCUGGUAUGCCGACGGCCCCGAAAUAGCGGAGAUCCUGGACCUUGCAUACCUUCAGGCCCAGGCUGGACUCCGGCGGUGGUAUCUAGGCAAUUAGAGGCAGGGACCUCCUCCUAUGCAGAGGCGCCCUUCACCCUCAGACCCCUACCAAGAGGACUGGUCGGAGCUGCAGUGCUAUAAGUGGUUUGUCCGACCAGUGAUCCGAAGGGGCGUCUUCCUCUGCGCAGGAAGCUUAAGGUGUGGCCACCAUAGCUACGUCCUAUUCCAACACCCCUGCCUUCCUUUGUGGCUGGUUUACAGAGCCACUGAGGCUCAGGGAUGGGCUCAUAGCCCCUUCAUCCUCAUCCGGAGAGUAGGUCCAGCAUUUGAACUGUAUAGAAUUUACUGCCACCUCUACAGCUACCGAGGCUUUGCGGUGUAUCAGUCCCAACUUAGUGAGGGAGCCGAACAGUGGUGUCCACGGAUGGUCACUUUUCCCUUUAUUAAGUGGGAACAAUUCGUUUGUCGACGCUGUUCACGCCCCAGUAGGACCGGAGGUUAGAGUCCCACAUGCCCUUGCCCUGGUGGACCCCCAUCCCUCUGGGUUGUGGUAUUACCUCGUUUGUGCUAUUUCUGUGUUGCUGAUACAGCCAUUUGUUCUGGGGCAUCAGACAUCCCUCUGAUCAGGAUGAGGAAUCCGAUCAUACCCUGCCUCCUGAUUGUUCUCACCUCCCAGACUGCCACAGGGUGGAGGGAGAACACCUUCCUGAAUCUGACCUCUGCUGUAGCAAAAGCCCUGAACCGGUCAGAAUGCUGGGUAUGUGUGCAUGUGCCUAUGCACCUAGGACAGGGAAUUCCACUAAUAGGAGUUCCCCUUUUUAUGAA